AUGGUCUCUCUUGGUCUUUACUUGGUAGUUACAUGCCUCAUAUGCACUUGCAUCCUUGGCUUUGCUAAAGACUGCAGUGUCCAGAAAUUUGAAUUAAACGGAUUAUGCUGUGAUUACUGUCCUAAAGGGAGUUAUGUUACAAAGCUCUGCUCAGAGGACCAGCCGACUCUCUGCAGUCCCUGCGAGGAUGGAUACUACUCUGAGCAAAGUAACCCCCUCACGAGCUGUGUAGAGUGCGAUACCUGCCAACACAACUACACAGAGAAAUGCACGAAGACCACAAAUGCAAAAUGUUCCUGCCGUUCUGGUUUCCUGUGCUCUGACCAUGUCUGUUCAAAAUGCGAGGAGAGAAAAUGUUGUAAAACAGGAGAGGUACUGGUGGGAUCCGGGACACAAAAAGGUGGAGAUUCCACACAGUUGAUGAUUGCUGCUGGAUUCCUCAUCUCUUCUCUCAUCCUCUUUAUAUACCCUACUACUUAUGCCUGCACAAAGGUCAUCAGGCAGCAUAAAGCUGAGAAAUGCAGUGCUGCCAACACCUCAGGUGUGUCUCCUGAAAUAUGUGACUGUCACCUCUCAAAGGAGGAGAGCGGAUGCAAGCUCAUUUACCAGGAUGAUGCCAACAGUAUCCAUGUCAGUCAAAUCGUACUGGAAGACUUAAUUGUAUGACAAAUGGUUAGACCAGCAUCCUCAGUCAGCAUGGGUUCAAAAAGAGCCGGGAGUGAGCAUGUUGAUGCACCACCAGCACCAUCACUGCACAUGUGAAUAUUUAGUAGUAGGCUAUACUAUCCUGUGAAUAGUAGGACAGCUUUUUCAGCUGCAAAUUUUAAACAAAAACACACUUAACAUUUUUUUGUGUUAAAAAAUCUAUCAAAUUUUUUUAGUUUGUUUAAGAUGUAGCUCAAUAUCUAACUGUUAUAUAAUACUGAAAUAACAUUCAAGUUGAUAAUGAAUGUUGUAAAUGAGACAAUGAAAUUUAUGGUU